CCAGGUGGUCGGAAGAUCUUUGCCGACGGAGACCGAGGAGCACCCCAAGAUCUACCGUAUGAAGCUGUGGGCGCCCAAUGAGGUCCGCGCCAAGUCCAAGUUCUGGUACUUUCUGAGGAAGCUUAAGAAGGUGAAGAAGAGCAAUGGUCAAAUUCUUGCCAUCAAUGAGAUUUUUGAGAAGAACCCAACCACGAUCAAGAACUAUGGUAUCUGGUUGAGAUACCAAAGUAGAACUGGCUACCACAACAUGUACAAGGAGUAUCGUGAUACCACCUUGAAUGGUGCGGUUGAGCAAAUGUACACUGAGAUGGCUUCUCGCCACAGAGUCCGCCCUCAUUGCAUCCAAAUUAUUAAGACAGCCACUAUUCCUGCUAAGCUCUGCAAAAGGGAGAGUACCAAGCAGUUCCAUGACUCUAAGAUCAAGUUCCCACUGGUGUUCAGGAAGGUGAGGCCGCCAACAAGGAAGCUCAAGACCACAUAUAAGGCUUCAAGGCCCAACCUCUUUAUGUAAAAUGUUUUCAUUAAUUCUCUAUUUCUGCAAGUUCCUUGCAAGAAAAGAAAUAGUAGAAACUCUUAUCAGUUUUGCUGGAUUCUUACCGUGUUCUUUUUUGUUUACCUGGGAUAACAGACUUUUGUUUGAGGAAGGAUUACUUUAAAAACUGCUUGUUUGUUAACUUUUUAUCUAUUUUGAGGAUAUCAUUAUCUCAUGUUAA